CUUCCUUCUUUUCUUUCCUUCCUUCCUUCUUUUUUUUUUCUUUUCUUCUAAACAAAACAAAACAAGACGCUGUUUCUCUUUUAAUAUGGAUUCUAAUACUCUUGUCAGUCCUCUAACUAUAGAGGUCUAUAAGGCAUUGAAGUUUGGUAAAAAGCUCAGGUAUAUCAUCUUCGAGCUGUCUAGCGACUUUACAGAGAUUGUUGUUGAAAAAACUGGCGAUUUUGUUGAACAAACUGAUCACACCGGUCCUUAUAAUGAAUUCCUCAGUAAUCUUCCUAAAGAUGAACCACGCUAUGCUGUUUAUGACUUUAACUAUAAGGGACCUAAAGGAGAUCAUCGUAACAAAACCAUUUUCUACUUGUGGAAUCCUGAUGAUGCUGAUAUUGAAAAAAAAUUGGCAUAUGAUUCCAACACUGAUGCUCUCCGUAGGUUAUUGACUGGUGUGGAUAUGGAAAUUGAAUGCACUGACCUAUCUGAGCUGAACUAUCAAGAUGUGCUUCACAAGGCUGACCGCUCUACUUGAACUAGGAUGGGUUGGAUGGAUAUUAUUCUUCAUUUCACACAACUCACACAUACGUAUAUAAUAUACACACAUGAUCAUUUAGUCUAUCAUUACAAAAUAACAAAAUAAAAUAAAAUAAUAAAGAUAUCUACAGUAUUGGAUAUUUUUCAUUUGUGGGAGUUACC